GGCAAGGAGUUCAAAAGGUCAUCAAAAUGAAUGGCUGGAAAUUAUCUACAUCCGCCAUUCAAGGAUGUUAUGGAUGCGGUUCAUCUCAUAGAUGAACGGCUCUGGAGGAUGCUGCUGUCAUCUCUCUCAUCCACUUCCUGAAACCAGAACAGAGGAAAAGGGAAGAGCCGGCACGGGAAGGAAGUGAAAAGAAGGCAUAACUUGUGAGAGAGAACGAGAAAAAGAAGUCCAUGGUCGCCGGCGAGCUCUUCCGGUGGUUGGAUUGGUGGCUGACUCAACACCCCACCGUAAAGGGCUUCCAUUGGAUUCAGCACCAGACAUUCGGAUCUGCCCCUUCCUUCCUCUUCUCCGCCGUCGCCACCUACGUCUCCACCGUCCUCUGCCUAUGGCUCUUCAUGCGCAACAGGGAGCCGGUCGGGAGCCUCCGCCUGGUGACAGGGCUCCACAACCUCUUUCUCCUCCUUCUCUCCCUCGUCAUGGCCGUCGGCUGCUCCCUUUCCGCCUCCAGGCAGAUGCCCAACAUCAACUGGCUCUUCUGCUUCCCUCCGGGCACUGAACCCACCGGCCCCGUCUUCUUCUGGUGCUACGUCUUCUACCUCUCCAAGAUCUUCGAGUUCUCCGACACCGUCUUCAUCCUGCUCAAGAAGAAGCCACUGACAUUCCUGCACGUCUACCACCACGCCGUCGUGGUGGUGAUGUGCUACCUGUGGCUGCAGCACGUUCAGUCCCUCCUGGUCAUCGCCCUUGUCACCAAUGCCUCCGUCCACACGCUUAUGUACACUUACUAUCUCUGCUGCAGCGUCGGCCAUGCCCCGAAGUGGAAGAGGAUGGUCACCGAUUGCCAGAUCCUUCAGUUCCUCUUCAGCAUCGCCGUCUCCACCGUCCUCUUGUGGGAGCACUUCUCCGGCGGCGGAAUGGGCUGCUGCGGUAUGAAGGCUUGGGGAUUCAAUGCCGUCUUCAAUGUCUCCCUGCUGAUUCUCUUCUUCAAUUUCCACUCCAAGAACUACCGCGGCCGUUCCCGUCAUGGUAACAAGAAGCAACACUGACGGACGUCCGGCGGCCUCCUCUUUUUGCUCCUCUGUGAUGGCCACCACAUUCUUACAUGAUUGAUGCAAUGUGGGAGCCGUGUUUUUUUUUUUUUGAAGCUCAAAGCUGCUUUAAUUGUUCAAUUAAACAUCUGUUGCCGAGUUGCAGUAGAAAUGAAUCUAAAUGAUACCAACUUUAUCGUUA